AGGAAACGAUUUCUGUGACGUAAUGCCUUUUGUUUCUCCUUGGCCAAUCAGAUUCCAUGAUAGAAUGAAACUCGAGCGCUCCUCGCAGCGAACACCUCGCGCAAUAGUUCUGGGGUUAUUUGAGCUAAACUGUGAUUGGCUUAGAAUUCCUACGUCACAGAAAUCGUUUUCUGGCCCGGGUUCGCAGACGUUAUUUUUCGGUGGAACCAAGUGACAGCCGGAAAUACGUCUGCGUUCGCAGGCUAGUUCCUUAGAGGCAGAGGCGUGAGGUGGUUGAGACUGGUUUAUCUCGUGGUUGACGUUAGGUAGGUCGUGACCUGCUUAAAGGCGAAAAAUAGAGAGCUCGGUCAGUUGACGACAAUGGUAGGCGGCAAGACUUUUAUAUCAAGCUCACCAAGUGUGCAAAUCCCACUAAGAAGGAGUUUGAGACGGCUUUUCCGAGUGACUGAAAAAAACUUCAGCAAAUCAACAGUGUCGAAUCAGGAGGUGUCAGUAAUCCAUUGAUUACAUCAUGUCUGGAAGAGGAGACGGCUAGAGUCAGUCUUGCUUGUACUGCGGCUAGUCAGUAUCCUUCUACACGGCCACUCACUUUCGUUAGUUCCUCUUCGUGGUUUUCGCCUGCUACCGCCUUCAAAAGGAGUUCCUGUAUGCUUCAGAUGCCUUGGUAGAGUGUGAAAUCCUUCUGGUUAAAUCCAGUACGAAUACACUCUGUUGUCACAUCAAUUACCGAAAAAUACAUGUGGCGGAAAUGCUCCUUGGGUGUAGAAGGAGAGUAACGUGCUACUGUCCUCUAUUUCUUUCUGUCAUCUUUUGUUGUGUUGUCCUCGUUCAUCAGUGUCUCCAGUCUCAAGGGGUUCCAUUUCACAGCAUGUCUUGUGACCGGACAUGAUGUGUGUGAUCCAUCGGGCUUGUUACAUACGAAAAAUUCGUUGUUAUUUUUUAACAUGUACAAUCGCUUUGAACUCAGUUUUAUUGGGAAUUGUUUCUUUUUUUUACUGAAUACAGGUCCAAUACCAGAAGGCCCGACCAUUUCUGAUACGGAGGUUUCAGUAAGGAUAUUUUCCAAUGUGAACCUGACGUGCUUGAUUGAUUGGAAUCCUGACAAUCCAUAUUGCCCAGAAUAUCAGCUAUGGUCAUUACCAAGAAAUGGCACAAAACAUAAUCAAUCUUUAGAAGACACUGGCAGCCAAUGCAAGAAAGAGCUCGUCCUUUCUAUUUUUAAUGUUACAGAAAAUGACGAGGGUACAUACAGAUGUGACUUCUUCUGCAAGGACAGAAACACCACUAAAGCUACCAUCGACUUGAAAGUAUUUGCUCAGCCAACUACAGAGUUUCAACCAUCAACUGAAUACAGGACCACCUCAGGUGAGUCGAACAAUUUCCUGGCUCAUUCAGGUGAGUCGUUGUCAGUCAGUCUCGAAUUGUCUGUCAGCAGCUGUUUUCACAAAAAGCUUUUCAGUUAGCAAAACAUUAGUUGUAAACUAGAUUGGACAAAAGAGGA